AUGGAUUCCGCUGCUGCUUUGAACCGCCUGCUUGCGGUGUUGACUGAGCGUGGCAUUGGUCUAGGCUACGAUGAGCUUGGUUGGUUGUUCGAGAGCCCCCAGUAUAAAGACUCUAUGACCUCCUGGGUUCAUGAAUACCUGAGUCCUGCUACUCUUUUAAGCCUCGAGGAACAUGAUCUACACGCACAUAUCCUGCAAACGAACUACAAAGCCACGACUACAGAUGGCAUGCCACAGCCCAUGCAAGAAACUGAUUUCGAAAAUGCCAUCAAUACCUUGGAAGCAAGUACUGCCGCAAUAGAGAAACAAACUGCUAUUCUCGAAGCUCAAAGAAAUGCUUUGAGGAAGCUGCAAGCAAUAAACCAGGAACCCGUCUCGGCAAUUUCUGAAAGCGACGAGAAGAAAUCUAGCCAGGCACGAACGAAAGCCCAGUUGGAUUUGGAAACAAACGAGCUCACCGAGGCGAUUCAACAACGAGUUGGUGUGACUAAGCGUCACGCGGAAUCGAGCCUGACUCUGCUCAAGACCUCAUCCCAGCGUCAGCUUGACAAGGACGAUCGCCUACUUGAUGGACUGCAGAAAGUCAUGUUCAAGCUAGCUCCACUGGAAUCGAGCGAGAAGCAGCUCCCUGAUUUUAAUCUGCUUUCGAACGCACUGGUCAAGCUCGAAGGCAAGAUCAUCAAAGAUCGAACAAAUGCCACAUACAUCGAGACUCUCAAUAGCCUGGCUGGAGAGACAGAUGGGUUCGAGCAUGAGAGUAGCGGACAAGCAGUACAGGAAGCAUAUGCGCUGGCCGAAGAGCUCGAGAGCUUGAUCACAGAAGUGGACUCAGUACUCGAGAUGACCAUUAGCAGGCGAUACCGAGCACCCAUAGUCAAUGCGCUUAAACUCUCCGAUGCGCAAGCCCAACUCGAACAACAGAGCUGGUUAGAAUAUGUUGUGAGAACACUACAUGAGCUGGCUCAAAAGACCGAAGAUCUGGCCUCUUGCACUCAAGAUACUCUAGCCUACACAUCAGCAAUCAGCCAUGUCUCGGAUGCACUGGCCCAAACACUUCCACCACCAAGCCAGCCACCAUCUAGACUCGACCGAAAGCAGUCAGUCAGAGGUCCGUCGCCUAUGAAGAACAUGAACCCAAUACUGCACCGCCAAGGAGUCAAAGAUCCAGCUCUGGAAAUACUGGGUUAUCAUGGCAUUCGUGUCCCAGUCGAGUCUGGAACAGAUGGCGAGGUCGUGUCUCAAGCCCUUCGGUCGGCGAUAUUCGAACGCCAAUCACGUCUGCAUGAUCUGCAGAGGUCGACUGAACAAUCUGUCGCAGCUCAAGUGGCUGAGUCGAUCAACAUGGUAGAUGGAGAAUUACAGAACCUGCUCGGAGUGCUAUACGCUCAUUCGCCAUAUGCGACCGUACAUUUGGCGGACAGCAAAGCGAAAGAUAGACUGGAGAACUUGGAUCACGAGAUCGAGGGCCUGGGUGAUGGUAUUAAGAGGCUGGAUGUUGAUCGAUUGGCGGAGGCUGAGCAAACGAGGCUUUCAGCUGCCCUUGAUGCCUAA